CUUCUCCAUCCACGAGAGAAGGGGAAAAGCAAUCAUACAGGAAAACAACUACCGCAAUGGCAUCGGAAAAUCCUCAGACGGAGGAGAGUCAUCCUCAGCUUUUAUCCCCGAGUGAAUUGGGGACGAAGGAAUACUGGGAAACCUUCUAUGACCGCAGCCUCUCCCACAUCUCCUCGAAGCGCAAACCGGGCGCACACAUAACUCCUACUCCCGAAUACAUCACCCAGAAAGCCCAGGGCAAUAAUGAUUCUGACGAUGAAGAGGAGGAAGUCGACGAUGACGACGACCCCGGUACAUCCUGGUUUUCCGAACACAACGCCCCCGAGAAAGUCCUCAAGUUCCUGACAUCUGCGAAAUUCCCGCUCUCGCCACGCAACACCCUACCGCGAAGCAGCACGUCCGCGACGAAUAAGAAGAAAGGACUUGACAAGACGACGGAGCAGCCUAGUAUUCUGGAUCUGGGCACUGGGAAUGGGAGCAUGUUGGCGCUAUUGCGGAAACGUGGCGGGUUCAAGGGCUUGAUGGUCGGUGUGGAUUACUCGCCGCGAAGCGUGGAAUUGGCGCGGGAACUGCAGCGGUUGAAGAUCCAUUCGGCGUAUGAGUCGGAUGAUUACGAUGAUACCGAUGAAGAGUCCUACACGUCUGAUGCAGUGCAACCGCCGGAACCGGAUGAGGAAGAGGAUGAUGUCGUCGUAGCGGAUAAUGAGAGCGCUACGGAGGCGAUCCCUGUCCCUGAUGAAGAAGAGAGCACCGAGAUUCGUUUCGAGGAAUGGGAUAUUCUGGGCUCGACGGAUCCCCUGACGAAAGAGGAAAAGAAAGCGCAAGGCGGAAAAGGUCUGGAUUGGUUUCCCUAUGAGAAAGGCGGGUUUGACAUCGUUCUCGACAAGGGGACUUUCGAUGCCGUGUCACUCUCGGAUGAAGUCGUCGACGAAGGGGGCAAGGGCUCUGGCAAGAUUGUCCAGAGACGAGUAUGUGAGCGGUACCCGGACAUUGCGACGCGGCUGGUCCGCAAAGGUGGAUUCCUGGUUGUGACGAGCUGCAAUUGGACGGAGGAGGAGCUCAUACAGUGGUUUACCGGUCGCACAGGCGAAGAGGCAAAGGACGAGAAUGGGGAAGAUGGUCUGUACGUUUGGGGAAGAGUGGAGUAUCCGAGGUUUCAGUUCGGAGGGCACGAAGGACAAGGAGUAUGCACGGUUUGUUUUAGAAGGAGAUGUGGGAAGGCUUGAUGCAUGAAGCGUAUAAAGAAAAAAAGAAACCCGGGAUUUCCAUCAUGUCUAGAGCAUUUACUUCGUGUGACAUGAUUCAAAAAGUUUUGCUGUAGAUCAAACUCGGGAUGAGCUAACUUAACAGAGAGGAAGAAGAGAAUGUUUAGGACCUAAGCCUAUUGUUUAUUUUCAAUAUAGCAAGAAAUACAAUUAAUAUUAAGGACUUCUUCGGCAUUUCCGGCCCA